UUUAAGAGGCACCAAAGAAACCAAGAAAAGGAAGGCACACCUUUGGACUCCUCUAGCUUCUUUUGUUUUUGUUCAAAAACACGUGGGAGACUUAGUAACACAUUGCAAUCAUGAUAUAUUCCUUUUGGAAACUCAAAGGGCUAUAUCGCCUUUAGUCAUCCACUAUAUAGCCGAUACUUUCAAUAUGGGUUACUAUUGGAUGGUUUUACUCACUAGUUCUACCUAUGCUACUGGGUUAGCUAUUUUGGCAAUAUCAACAAUAGGAGUCUGCAAAAGUGGGGAUGGUCAGACGGCCGUGUGCCAUAGUAGCAUAAUGCGAAAAAUCCUGUUUUCCACAUCAUUUGUGUUUUUAGUUCUUGGAGCUUCUCUGGUUCGGUUAACAUGGUUAAAGGAUUUAAUCGAUGAAGAGGGAAAACAAUUAUCGAGAUUGUCGAAGACCUUAAAAGUUGUCUUCACGAUCAUUAUUCAUUUGGUUGGAGCUCUCGCAAUUCCUUACAUAAAUUCAUGGCCGCUUAGAUUUGGAAUACCGGCAAUAUGUAUGCUGGUAGCAACAAUUAUCUUCUGGAGAGGCCGCUUUAGGUCAUCGCAUGCUUCCACAGAAAGACCCAAAGAAAGACCCGUAAUUACUGUGUUGAGGGUCCUUGUUGCUUCUUUUUUAGGAACAUUCGAUAAAAACUUAACAAACUCUGCUGAGCCGAAUGCGAGAGAAGAUGAUAGAUCAAUUGUUCGUAGUUCUCACCUCAGGUGCCUACAUAGAGCUACAAAUUAUAAUUUAUCAAAUCAUAAUCCGGAGUUAGAAAUAAAUAGGUGGAAGCAUUGUACGGUUGAAGAAGUGGAAGAAGCCAAAAAAGCCAUAUGCGGAAUUCCCUUUUGCAUAGCCUUCUUCGUGCUUGGAAUCAUAUCUUCUCUUGGAGACACUUACUUCAUUCAACAAGCAGAAACAAUGAAUCCCAUGAUUGGCAACUGGGACGUUCCUCUCCAAAUCCUUCAACUGUUUUGUCUACUUGCAAAAGCGGUUAUCGCCAAAUCUUAUUCGAAAAUAGCAGAUAAAUUUUAUGGCAACGCGAGAUCAAAGUCUGCAGGCUUUCAUGGGAUUUUAAUAUCAACAAUUUUUGCUGCACUAUGAUGUAUUACUGCCGCUACAAUGGAGGCUCGUAGACUAGAUGAAGUCGAGAAACAUAUGUUAUACGUCACCUAUAACACAGUUCCGUUGACUAUGUUUUCGUUGGUUCCACAAUACCUACUCCUUGGGGGGCUUGAUGGAAUUGUAGAGGAAAGCAUUGAUCUAUUCUUCAGUGAUCCGGCCCCUAACUCUU